CAGCAGGGACGGACGCCCGGCCGCCGCAGCCGCCCGGCCGCUAUGGAUCUAUUCGACUUUUUCAGGGACUGGGACUUGGAGCAGCAGUGUCACUAUGAACAAGACCGCAGUGCACUUAAGAAAAGGGAAUGGGAGCGGAGGAGUCAAGAAGUCCAGCAAGAAGACGAUCUCUUUUCUUCAGGCUUCGAUCUUUUUGGGGAGCCCUACAAGACAAACAAAGGUGAUGCCCUUGCCAACCGAGUCCAGAACACGCUGGGAAACUAUGAUGAAAUGAAGGAUUUGCUAACUAGCCAUUCUAAUCAGAAUCAUCUAGUGGGAAUCCCAAAGAAUUCCGUGCCCCAGACUCCCAUCAACAAAAAUGAACCAAGCUUUUUUCCAGAACAAAAGAACCGAAUGAUCCCACCUCAUCAGGAUAGCACUCACUCCUCGGCACCAAUGCCCCCACCUUCUGUUGUGAUACUGAAUUCAACUCUCAUACACGGCAACCGGAAGUCAAAACCUGACUGGCCACGAGAUAGUCAGAACACUAGCAUGGUACCGGCCAGCCAGGCUGGUGGUCAGCCCAACAAGAUGCAGCCAUCAACACAGGACCAGCCCCCAGCCAGACUGGAAGACUUCUUUGUCUACCCAGCUGAACAGCCUCAAGUUGGAGCAGUUGAAGAGUCAAACCCAUCUGCAAAGGAAGACAAUAAUCUCAAGUCCAGUGGAGGGGAUACCUUCAAAGAAAUCUUUCAGUCCAACUCACCAGAAGAAUCUGAAUUCACACUGCAAGCGCCUGGGUCUCCCCUAGUUGCCUCCUCUUUAUUAGCUCCCAGCAGUGGCCUUUUGGUUCAAAACUUCCCACCAGGGGUUUACUGCAAAACAAGCGUGGGGCAGCAAAAACCAACCGCAUAUGUCAGACCCAUGGAUGGUCAGGACCAAGCCCCGGACAUCUCUCCCACGCUGAAACCUUCGAUUGAAUUCGACAACAGCUUUGGGAAUCUGUCAUUUGGAUCACUCUUGGAUGGCAAACCCAGUGCACCCAGUUCAAAGACUAAACUGCCAAAGUUCACGAUUCUCCAAACAAGUGAAGUGAGCCUUCCCAGUGACCCCAGCUGUGUUGAAGAAAUCUUGCGGGAGAUGACCCAUCCCUGGCCUACUCCUCUCACUGCCAUGCAUACUUCUGGAAACUCUGAGCAGAGCACAUUUUCCAUCCCAGGACAGGAGUCCCAGCAUCUGACCCCAGGAUUCGCCUUACAAAAGUGGAGCGACCCGACCAGCAGAGCUUCUACAAAGAUGCUUGAAGACGACCUGAAGCUGAGCAGUGAUGAAGAUGACCUUGAGCCCGUGAAGACCUUGACCACUCAGUGCACUGCCACCGAGCUCUACCAGGCUGUUGAAAAGGCAAAAUCUAAGAAUAAUCCUGUAAACCCGCUCUUGGCCACGCCUCAGCCCACACCUGCAGCGCCAGCCAGCGGGGGAUCCGGCAGCUCCAGUGACUCCGAGAGCAGCUCAGAGUCAGACUCAGACACUGAAAGCAGCACCACUGACAGUGAAGCCAACGAGGCGCCGCGCGUGGCCACGCCAGAGCCUGAGCCGCCCUCCACCAACAAGUGGCAGCUGGACAAAUGGCUUAACAAAGUGACAUCUCAGAACAAGUCGUUUAUUUGCGGCCAAAAUGAAACGCCCAUGGAGACGAUUGCUGUACCUCCUCCAAUCAUACAGCCAAUGGAAGUCCAGGUCAAGGUGAAGGCAAACCCCAGCCAGGUCCUGGCUGAACCCAAAGAGAGGCCUCUCCUCAGUCUCAUCAGGGAGAAAGCCCGUCCACGGCCCACCCCCAAAAUUCCAGAAACAAAGGCGCUGAAGCAUAAAUUGUCGACACCUCUCGAGACAGCGUCUCAAAGGACAAUUGGGAAGAAACAGCCCAAGAGGGUCGAGAAGAACCCCAGCAUUGAGGAAUUUACCUGGCCCAAACCAAAUAUCACCAGCAGCGCUCCCAAAGAAAAGGAAAGCAUGGAGCUUCCUGAGCCCCCGAGAGGCCGCAACAAAGCCACUGCCCACAAGCCGGUCCCUAGGAAAGAACCGAGGCCCAGCAUUCCCUUGGCUGCCGAGAAGAAGAAGUACCGAGGGCCUGGCAAGAUCGUGCCGAAGUCCCGGGAAUUCAUUGAGACCGAUUCGUCUACGUCUGAUUCCAACACAGAUCAGGAAGAGACCCUGCAGAUCAAAGUCCUGCCUCCUUGCGUGGCUCCUGGGGGCAGCACUGCCAAGUCCAAGGACACCUGUGGGGCUUUGAUCUGCAACCCGCCCGUCCCGAAUGAGGAGCCCGCUUUUUCACCCAUCCCUGUCAUGCAGCCCGAGCUUCUGUCUCCUCUCCGAGAUCACGAGAAUCUGAAAAAUCUCUGGGUGAAGAUUGACCUCGACCUACUGUCUCGAGUGCCUGGCCACAGCUCACUGCAGGCGGCGCCGGCCAAGCCAGACCACAAGGAGACGGCCUCAAAGCCCAGGCGGCAGGCAGCUGCCGCGGCUGCGGAUAAACCUGCCCCCAAGGGCAAGCGUAAGCACAAGCCAACAGAAGUUGCGGAGAAAAUCCCUGAGAAGAAGCAACGCCUGGGGGAGGCGGCCACCAUCUGCCUACUACCGCCUUGCAUCUCACCAGCUCCCCCCCAGAAGCCUCCCAGCACUAAAGAAAAUAAUUCAUCCAGGAGAGCAAACAGAAGAAAAGAGGAAAAGCUGUUUCCCCCUCCACUUUCCCCACUGCCAGAGGAUCCUCCACGCCGCAGGAACAUCGGCGGCAAUAAUGGUCCCUUCAGUCAAGACAAGACCCUCCCUGUGAUUGGACAGAUCACCUCGACCAAACCUAAGAGGAGUGAAGGCAAAUUCUGUGCUACUUUCAAGGGGAUAUCUGUAAACGAGGGAGACACUCCAAAAAAGGCAGCCUCUGCCACCGUCACUGUCACCAACACUGCUAUUGCCACUGCCACUGUCACUGCUACUGCCAUUGUCACCGCCACUGUCACGGCCACUGCCACGGCCACUGCCACUACCACUACCACUACCACUACCAUUUCCACCAUCACCUCCACCAUCACUACCGGCCUCAUGGACAGCAGUCACCUGGAGAUGACAUCCUGGGCGGCCCUGCCCGUUCUGUCCAGCAGCACUACCAAUGUCCGGAGACCCAAGCUCACUUUUGAUGACUCGGUUCACAACGCUGAUUAUUACAUGCAAGAGGCGAAGAAGCUGAAGCACAAAGCUGAUGCACUGUUUGAGAAAUUUGGCAAAGCCGUGAAUUACGCUGAUGCAGCCCUGUCCUUCACCGAAUGUGGCAACGCGAUGGAGCGCGACCCUCUGGAAGCCAAGUCUCCGUACACCAUGUACUCUGAGACUGUGGAGCUUCUCAGGUAUGCAAUGAGGCUGAAGAACUUUGCAAGCCCCCUGGCUUCGGAUGGGGACAAAAAGCUGGCCGUACUAUGCUACCGAUGCUUAUCACUUCUCUACCUGCGGAUGUUCAAACUGAAGAAGGACCACGCCAUGAAGUACUCCAGAUCACUGAUGGAAUAUUUUAAGCAAAAUGCUUCAAAAGUCGCUCAGAUACCAUCUCCAUGGGUAGGCAAUGGAAAAAACACUCCAUCCCCAGUGUCUCUCAACAACGUGUCUCCCAUCAACGCAAUGGGGGGGAACUGUAACAACGGCCCGGUCACCAUCCCCCAGCGCAUCCACCACAUGGCCGCCAGCCACGUCAACAUCACUAGCAACGUGUUACGGGGCUACGAACACUGGGACAUGGCUGACAAACUGACGAGAGAGAAUAAAGAAUUCUUUGGCGAUCUGGACACGUUGAUGGGGCCCCUGACCCAGCACAGCAGCAUGACCAAUCUCGUCCGCUACGUUCGCCAGGGACUGUGCUGGCUGCGCAUCGAUGCCCAUUUGUUGUAGUGGGGCGUGCCCCCAUCUCCAGCACUGGUGGAACUCCACUCAUGUGGGAAAAUUCUCUUUGAUUAUGUUUGUUUUUAUGCUUCUUUUGAUAUCUGUGAAAAACAGAAGUCAUUGUAAGUGGACACUACACCUUGAGCAGCGUAUCUUUUAUCACUUAGUCAUUUUUCAGUAUUUUAUAUGCAUUUCACGGAUCCCACCAUCCUUUUGUGCUCGAUGGAAUGACACAGUCCCUACAGUAUUGUUUUAAGUCCACACUACCCACAACAAAGAAUGGAAAGCAAUUGUGAGAACAGGUUCCUGAGAAGUGAAACGGAAUGUCAUAUAUAGACAUAUAUAUAUAUAUGUGUGUGUGUGUGUGUGUGUGUCUAUAUAUGAACGCAGACACAGAGGACCUGCAGAGUUUCAAAUUUUCAGCGAUAGCCAUCCCCCAAACUGCGCUCUUCUGUCCAGACAAGAACAUAUUUCAGAAUCCUUUGUUAAACUUUUGUGGUUCCCACAGACUCAGUUUUCAGAUGAGAAUUUUCCUGGUCGAAACCCACUGGUUAGAUGUUGUAGCAACUUCAGAAAGUCAAAAUUAAGAAAAUUAAUGAGCACGGCAACGCCACUCUGAAACGCAGCCAGAGGACUUUUUAGUUAGUAUCCCUUUCCUGAUUCCCUAUUUGAAAAACUUCAAGGAUGAGAAGGAGUGGCAACAUUGAUGUCGACAACUUUAAGGCAUCAGCUGGCAUCAAUACUUUUGAACUCCAUGAUUGGAAGGGUAACUCCUCACCCGGCAUUCUCUUUGUGUAAAGCUCUCCUUCGGAGGGCAGUUCAGUCAGUGCACGCCCUAGUAGCCAAAAUGCUACACUCCAGUUUUAGAGACGAGAGGCGGGAGGGGUCUGGAAACCGUCCAGGGAAUGCACACCUCUGCCUCUUUUGCAGUUGGUUGGCGGGGUCCGCAACUGGCAGGGCUUUUUUUUUUUUUUUAUUGUGUUUUGCUCAAAUCUCUGGAAACAAAAGUCAAGUUAUCACUACCUAGAAGUAAUCAUAUACAGUUUGCUCCCUAGUGGCUUUAAAACCUGGACUUCCCCAAUUAUUUUCCCCAUUUUCUAUUUUACAGGGUUUCUUUUUCACUUCUUUCCGUUUUCUUCUACCUUUCUUUUCCUUUUUCUUUUCUUUCUUUUUUUUUGGUGGUGGGGGGGGGGCUCAUUAGCUUUUGACGGAAAUACAAUCACUGAUUUUAUUCAAGUCUAUAUUAGCUCGAAUCAUUUCCAUGAAAAUCCCGAAGAAAACUUCAAACUCUCUAAGUAGUAGCUAAUCUUUUAACAAAAAAAAUGAGUCUCGGGGUAAUGCUUCACCCUAGGGUGGUUUUGAAAGAGCCCUGAACAUUGGGAACAGUUCCCUUGAUUUGGAGAUAUUUCUGCAUCCGUUGCGACUAUCCCCACCCCUUCAUGAUCCUCUGCGUUCAUUUUAUGUCCCUAAACAUCACAAUGUAAAUAUCAUCUUCGGUGUUCCAGCUCACUAGAAGAAUUCCCCACACGUAGUAAAAACCAUCCAUACGUUAGUUCCUUGUAAUUACCUGCCGGUAUCUAAUUCCACAUAGCCCUUCAUCUGCUGAGUUAUUGGAUUCUCUUACUGAGUUAUGACCAGAUAAAUAAUAGAUAUACACACACAUGAAAGAUGCAAACUUGUAUGAUUUUGAAAGCCAGUCACGCAAGUCUGUGAUAAGAACAGCAAGGGAUCACUCCACACUCUCAUUGUCAAGGUUAGCUGUAUCCCCAGUUGCAAAAGAGCCAGACUUGAGCUCCGCUCUGGUCAUCUUUGAGUUGAAGGCCCUUUGUUGUAUCAUAAGGGCUGUGGAAGUUGUCCUCCAAUGGCUGAGGCCACGUUGUGAGAAGUUGACAGCUGGGAGCGUCCCAGCAGCUGAACCAGCACUUUUCAUGCUCCCAGUGCGGUUGAGCUGGACGUUGGCAGUCUCAGCAUCAACCCUCACACACGCAGACACACACACACACACACACACACA